CAUACAGCUCAAUUCGAAAUGGACCAAAACCCGCUUAAGUGAACUUUCUAAAAACAAGUUCGCGUUCGAUGCUUCGUGUUGCACGAAACUUAAAUAAAAAUAGUGAAUAUUUCUGAGUUAUUGUCGAUUACUAAGUGAAAGAAAAAUUCUUCAAGAAAAAGUGUUUAGCUUUUUUUCUUUCUAACGACGAAAUACUGGCCAAGAUACUUUUAAAUAAUUUCGCGAAGUGUUUUUGUGAGCCGCAUAUACAUUUUAAAGGGAGAUAACAAUGGGUAAUGAGACACCUGCCAUAAGAUGCCCGCGCUCCGGCCGACUCUUGACGCCUGAAUCGUUGUACUACUGGAAACUGAAGAAAACACUGACAACCCUCUUGUCAUCUGACGAUGAUGAUCCUGUUACGGAGACACCAAUUAGAGAAAGACAAACAAAAAUAGAAAUGAAGCUAGAAAUGGUAACUACUGCAUCCAAGGAUUAUCCAAAUGACAAAAAUGGGCGUGCGCAAUCACGAAGUCACAUCAGUAGAACUGAAAACGCCAAAAGGAAUCCACACGAAAAUGAUAAAAAAAAUCGAAAAAUGCCAAUAUCAACCGAAAAGACAAGGAUAGAUGGUACUAAUCGCGGGUUAAAGCCACGAGAUACAUCCACCGGGCUCAUAGGUAACCGCCAUAACAAUAUCAGCAGUGCGAAGGAUAACCCUGAAGCAACUCCCUCUUCCUCAAAAAACAACGCCAAUCAGAAGAUCGAGGGCGCUUUGGCAUAUGCUAAUGGCCAUUUAUCAUGGAAUUCGAAAUGCAAUGAGCACACAAUGGCUAAGGAAGUGGAGCCUUCGCUAAAUGUCGAUUGUACCCGUGUCGAACCUAUUCUUGGAGGCAAGAAACCGAGACUUAGAAGGAUUCAAUUUACAGAUGUCUAUGAGGAUUCGAAUGAUUCAAUAGGUAAGCAUGGAAAGAGUUCAGAGAAACCUACGUCUGCCUCAGACUUGUCAACUUCUAUUAUUCACACUCCACGAAGCCGAGCUAUCCAGAUGCGCAUUGAAACAUCUUCCGAAGACGAACAGUAUGCCACAUCAUCAUAUAAUACGGACGAAGCGGAAGUGCUUUCGCCUGUAUUAGCUAAAGCCACACACGCAAGUGCAUCUGCAGGUUCGUCUAAGUCAUCCUCAUCUAUACAAUUUGGUCAAGAAAACACCGUUAACAAAAAAGAUUAUUGCUGCAGUGUGAUUGAAAUUAGUUCAGAUGAUGACAGUUUCCAGUUACCUGCCAAUCGGUUCAAAAGCCCAGAAUUUAGCCAAAAACGAACGAAGACUUCAACCGAGUCUCAGAUUUUCUCUGCACCACCUGUCACUCCUGCCACUUUGAAAGGUCCUAGAAUGGGAAAGCGACUUGCCGUCACAGAACCUCAGAAACGUCAGAAAAAGACGUCGACUCAAAAAGAGGAACCGGUUACAGAACGGAAAAGAUCUGUGAAAAUCAACAGACAGUCAGAAUCUGAUAAUGAAAGCUUUGAUGCGCUGCUUAGUGAACUGAGAAAUUGUAAACUUCGCGACGACAAGUGUAACAAAACUCAAGCGGACCCCAAUGACACUUUAGCCCGAUGGGAAAGUUCGAAUAAGGAUGACCGUCAUUUUCUAGCGUCGUUGUCAGAAGAAAUCCCUCUAGAAGGCUGUCACCCUAACGCGGCUUAUUAUCGUCGGCAGAGUUUUAACACAAUUCGACACGAACUCACAGAGAAACUGUAUGAGUUGUUUCAUCGAAUCAUAUUCCAAAAUCGCUUCGUAGAGCGGUUGCCGGUAUCUUGGAAUAAUCGCCUGUUGACGACUGCCGGAUGGUGCAUCUGUAAAAAGCAUUUAGAUGGCACAAAGUACUCAGAAAUAGAGCUGAGUACGAAAGUUCUGGAUCGUCCAGAUCGUUUACGAGACACAUUAGUGCAUGAGAUGUGUCAUGCAGGUGCGUGGAUCAUCCACGGUUAUAAAGGAGACCAUGGACCACUUUUUAACUUUUGGGGUCAACGCGCAGGAGAACUCCUUGGGUUGAAAGUGACCACGUGCCAUUCGUACGCCGUCGAGAAGAGAUAUGUAUAUAAGUGCGAAAAAUGUGAAAACGAAAUAGGACGCCACUCAAAAUCGCUAGAUACCAACAAAUUAGUUUGCGCCCGCUGCAAGGGACGAUUCUACCUGAGAAUCAACAGUGGUCAACGCUGGUAACAGACAAACAGGAAGACUCUCAAUGUGAAGUAGAAUUCUUUAACUGAAUGCUGAAAUUGACCGAAAAUUCUCGGAAAGCGAGACUUCUCCCAAAUAUUCUUUGAAAAUUGUUUUUGAUAACUCGUAUAGUUUCCAUCGAAUCUGAUGAACUCAUAUUUUUAGCUAGUUGAAGUACGUUAGUGACAAUAUGACAAAAAGUAUCUCAAAUAUCUGACCUCGCGUUGUGCAAGGUGUUUUUCCCCCGACUAGAAUGUCAUGACAUCGCGUGAUAUUGUCAGUAAAUCGAAUUGUGUUUUCAUGUAUAAUUGUAUUGAAUGUAAAUAUUAUAGAGAAAAAAAGUGCUUAUUUGAGAAAGGUGCUUUUUUUUUCAUAGGCCUACUUUAUCAGGGGAUUGGUAUGGCCGUUUACUUCGGCCGUUUACUUGUGGAAACGUUAUUGCACUAGCUAAUAAGGUAUGUCGUGUGUAGUUUUUCUUAGUUAUGGAAUAGAGACCAGGAAAUCAAUAGCGGUGAUAAGUUUAUUUCUGUGAAGCAGUAUUUUGUUGAAUUUUCUAUAUUGUAGAGUUUAAUUAUCUGAUUCGUCUACUUCAAGCUUGUGUUAAAUGAGGUUGGUCUCAACAGCAACGUACAUUUCGGAAGUGCAAAAUUAAUAUUUUUACUUCUAUAUUAUCAUCUGUGUUGCUAAAAGUCGAAUGAGCAUCUAUGAGUUUAUUGAACAAGUUGGAUAUCAACUAGAUUAUAUCAAACUAAAAACAAUUUCAGCAGCAUUCGACACAGUUUGCACGAUCAAAUUCUCGGGAUGUUAGUAAAUUUCAGAAUGCUUUUCCGCAUUUUAUCUUAGCUGCUAAAAAGACUGACAGCAAGUCUGGUCAUAUUCUUUCAUGGUACAAUCUUAACCUCUUAUAGUUUUUUUUUUGUCUUCGUCUGUGAAAUUUGUGCAGUGAUUUAAUGAAUACACCGUGGGGGUUUUAAUUCGAUGUGUCGCAGAAAUAUAGGGAUGACGUCGAACCAACCUCAGACUACCUCUCCGAUAAACCCUCGAGAAACUGGGUAGGCUCAACACAUCGUUCCUAAAGCGGGUCAUGAGUUGCAACAGACUUAGUUUCCCAGGUGCUUGUAUACUCCUUUCCACAAAAGAGCUCAAGCAUGUAUUUAUCCUGACGGUGUCGAGGAUUAUCUAUUGGCAUAGGAAACCAAGGAUGUGUUAUAUUGAUUCUAAUUGCAAUAAAACGACCAUUCCUACUAAACUGGAUUGAAACAGGGCUUGUGUUGCCAAAUCGUGUUGAUGA